CGUUCCAGAUUCAGGCGCGCUCAGUCGCACCCUUUUCAUAGUGUUACUAGGUCAUAAAGCCGGUAUUUGUACAUCUUUUCUGCGUUUUUGUGUACGAAACGGUUUCGAUCUCUAAUUUCUAACGUUAAAAACUAUCAAAAUGGGAUCAGGAGCAGUGGAAGGAGGCAUGAAGUGUGUCAAAUACUUGCUAUUUGGUUUUAAUUUGCUAUUUUUCCUGUCGGGCAUAGCGUUGAUUGUCAUCGGAGCUCUGGUUCACGUCAAGUACAACCAGUACUCGGCCGCCGCCCAGGUUGACUUUGUCGCUCUCGCGUAUCUCUUCAUCGCCGUGGGAUGCAUCGUGUUCGUGAUCACGUUCUUCGCUUGCUGCGGAGCCAUCAAGGAGAACAACUGCAUGUCAUUUGAGUGCUGCGGAGCGGUCAACUACACCGACUGGGCGAUGAACUCGUUCUACAAGGACAACACUGAUGUUCCGGACAGCUGCUGUAAACCCGUGGCGGAUGCGGAAGGUUACCUUGACGGAUGCGGCAAGGGACAGCGCGCCAACGCGACCAACAUCUACACCAUCGGUUGCGCGGACGGCAUGCAGAACUGGUUUGUCGAUAACAUUGUUCUCAUCGGCGGGAUCGGCAUAGGCAUUGCCUUCAUACAG